GUGGGGGAUCCCACAGGGGUGUCCCUGGUUCGGGGCCCCCCAAGGCCCGGCGCUCCGAUGUGGGCGUAGGGGCCCCCUCCGCCCCCGGGCGCGCGCGCUCGCGCGGGUGUCCGCGAGCAGGAGGAGGUGCCUAGGUGCGCCCCGCGCGCCUGUGUCCCUGUCGGCGCCGCUGGAACCCGCUCUUCGAAGGAUCGCGUCACCGGACUCCGCCUGCCCUGGGCCAGCGCGCAGCUCUCCGGCCCCCGGGCUCUCCGCGCGCAAGGCAGGGCCGGCUAGGGCAGCGCAGGGCCGGGCCGGGCAGGGCAGGGCGGCCAGAUCCCGGGUCCGGGGCUCAGCUAGGUGCCCUCCCGGCUGAGCUGCCACCCCGGCUCCCCGCGCCCCGGCGGCUCAGCGCCUCUCAGAGGCCCCCGGAGCGCAGCGCUCCAAGGUGGGGGGACCGGGAGCGCGCGGCGCGGCUCAGCGCGCACCGACCGGGCUGCGGGGCCGCGGGGCUGCGGCGCGGGGACGAUGUGAGGCUCACUCGGCGCGGGCCCGGAGGACUCCCGAGCACCAUGCAGAAGGGGAUCCGGCUCAACGACAGCCACGUCGCGUCGCUGGGGCUGCUGGCGCGCCGCGACGGCACGCGCACCGGCUACCUGGGCAAGCGCAGCUCGGACACGGCGAAAUGGCAAACCAAGUGGUUCGCGCUGCUGCAGAAUCUGCUCUUCUACUUCGAGAGCGACUCGAGCUCGCGGCCCUCGGGGCUCUACCUGCUGGAGGGCUGCGUGUGCGGCCGCGCGCCCUCCCCCAAGCCCGCGCUCUCGGCCAAGGAGCCGCUGGAGAAGCAGCACUACUUCACGGUCAACUUCAGCCAUGAGAACCAGAAGGCCCUGGAGCUGAGGACGGAGGACGCCAAGGACUGUGAUGAGUGGGUGGCCGCCAUCGCGCAUGCCAGCUACCGCACACUGGCCACGGAGCACGAGGCGCUGAUGCAGAAGUACCUGCACCUGCUGCAGAUCGUCGAGACUGAGAAGACAGUGGCCAGGCAGCUGCGGCAGCAGAUAGAGGACGGCGAGAUCGAGAUCGAGAGACUCAAGGCUGAGAUUGCAUCCCUGCUGAAGGACAGUGAGCGCAUCCAAGCCACCCAGACCAUCACCCCCAGCGAUGAAGACAGUGACAUCAAGAAGAUUAAGAAGGUGCAGAGCUUCCUGCGGGGCUGGCUGUGCCGGCGCAAGUGGAAGAGCAUCAUCCAGGACUACAUCCGCUCGCCUCACGCCGACAGCAUGCGCAAACGCAACCAGGUGGUCUUCAGCAUGCUGGAGGCCGAGGCCGAGUACGUGCAGCAACUGCACAUCCUGGUCAACAACUUCCUCCGGCCCCUGCGCAUGGCCGCCAGCUCCAAGAAGCCUCCCAUCACCCACGAUGACGUCAGCAGCAUCUUUCUGAACAGCGAGACCAUCAUGUUCCUGCACCAAAUCUUCUACCAAGGCCUGAAGGCCCGCGUCUCCAGCUGGCCCACACUGGUUCUGGCCGACCUGUUUGACAUCCUGCUUCCGAUGCUGAACAUCUACCAGGAGUUCGUGCGCAACCACCAGUACAGCCUGCAGAUCCUGGCCCACUGCAAGCAGAACCGUGACUUUGACAAGCUGCUUAAGCACUACGAGGCCAAGCCUGACUGUGAAGAGCGCACACUGGAGACCUUCCUCACCUAUCCCAUGUUCCAGAUCCCCAGGUACAUCCUGACACUUCACGAACUACUGGCCCACACGCCCCAUGAGCAUGUCGAGCGCAACAGCCUGGAUUAUGCUAAAUCCAAGUUGGAGGAGCUGUCCAGGAUAAUGCAUGAUGAGGUGAGUGAGACCGAGAACAUCCGGAAGAACCUUGCCAUUGAGCGCAUGAUCAUCGAGGGCUGUGAGAUCCUCCUGGACACGAGCCAGACCUUUGUAAGGCAAGGCUCCCUCAUCCAGGUGCCCAUGUCCGAGAAGGGCAAGAUCACUCGCGGCCGCCUGGGCUCGCUGUCCCUGAGGAAGGAGGGCGAGCGGCAGUGCUUCCUCUUCUCCAAGCACCUCAUCAUCUGCACCAGAGGCUCGGGUGGGAAACUGCACCUUACCAAGAAUGGCGUCAUCUCCCUCAUCGACUGCACCUUGUUGGAGGAGCCGGAGAGCACCGAGGAGGAAGCCAAAGGCUCGGGCCAGGACGUGGAGCACCUGGACUUCAAGAUUGGGGUGGAGCCCAAAGACUCGCUGCCCUUCACCGUCAUCCUCGUGGCCUCAUCCCGGCAGGAGAAGGCAGCAUGGACCAGCGAUAUUAGCCAGUGCGUGGACAACAUCCGGUGCAACGGGCUCAUGAUGAAUGCCUUUGAGGAGAACUCCAAGGUCACAGUGCCACAGAUGAUCAAGUCCGAUGCUUCCCUGUACUGUGACGAUGUGGACAUUCGCUUCAGCAAGACCAUGAACUCCUGCAAAGUGCUGCAAAUCCGCUAUGCCAGCGUGGAGCGGCUGCUGGAGCGGCUGACCGACCUACGCUUCCUCAGCAUCGAUUUCCUCAACACCUUCCUGCACUCCUACCGCGUCUUCACCUCCGCUGCCCUUGUGCUGGACAAGCUCAUCGCCAUCUACCGGCGGCCCAUCAGCGCCAUCCCAGCCAGGUCGCUGGAGUUGCUCUUCGCCAGUGGCCAGAACAACAAGCUCCUGUACGGGGAGCCCCCCAAAUCCCCGCGAGCCACCCGCAAGUUCUCGUCGCCCCCACCCCUGUCCAUCACCAAGACAUCGUCCCCCAGCCGCCGGCGGAAGCUGUCGCUCAACAUCCCCAUCAUCACCGGUGGGAAGGCCCUGGACCUGGCGGCGCUCAGCUGUGGCUCCAACGGCUACAGCAGCGCCUACUCGGCCAUGUCGCCCUUCAGCAAGGCCGCGCUGGACCCCAGCAAACUCUACGUGUCCAGCAGCUUUGCCAGCAAGAUCCCGGAUGAGGCUGAAGUGGCCAGCGAGAAGCCCGAGGAGCCCCCGGCCCUCGUCUCUGAAGUGCCAGUCCGGGAGGAGUCAGACCCGGAGCAGACCCAGAGUGAUGAUGGAGACCCCGAGGGCUCACCCACCAAAUCCCCCACGACACCCCAGUCUGUCAAGAGCAAGAAUUCUUCAGAGUUUCCACUCUUCUCCUACAACAAUGGAGUUGUCCGGGGUUCCUGCCGAGAACUGGAUAGUAGCCGCAGUGCCCUGUCUGCUGCCUCCGCUUUUGCCAUCGCCACAGCGGGCGCCAACGAGGGUACCCCCAACAAGGAGAAGUACCGCCGCAUGUCCCUGGCCACUGCAGGGUUCCCUCCCGAUCAGAGGAACGGAGACAAGGAGUUUGUAAUCCGCCGGGCAGCCACCAACCGUGUCCUGAACGUGCUCCGGCACUGGGUGUCUAAGCAUUCACAGGACUUCGAAGCCAAUGCCGAGCUGCAAAGCAAAGUGAUGGGCUUCCUGGAGGAGGUGAUGCAUGACCCUGAGCUCCUGACCCAGGAGCGGAAGGCGGCAGCCAACAUCCUCAGGACCCUGACACAGGAGGACCCCAGUGACAACCAGAUCACGUUGGAGGAAAUCACACAGAUGGCAGAGGACGUGAAGGCUGAGCCCUUUGAGAACCAUUCAGCCCUGGAGAUAGCAGAGCAGCUGACCCUGCUGGACCACCUGGUCUUUAGGAAGAUCCCUUACGAGGAGUUCUUUGGCCAGGGCUGGAUGAAAGUCGAGAAGAAUGAGCGGACCCCGUUCAUCAUGAAGACGACCAAGCACUUUAAUGAUAUCAGUAACCUGAUCGCCUCGGAGAUCAUCCGGCAGGAGGAUGUGUCUGCGAGGGCCAGCGCCAUCGAGAAGUGGGUAGCCGUGGCUGACAUCUGUCGCUGUCUACACAACUACAACGCGGUGCUGGAGAUCACCAGCUCCAUGAACCGCAGUGCCAUCUUCCGGCUGAAGAAGACCUGGCUCAAAGUCUCCAAGCAGACCAAGGCACUGAUUGACAAGCUCCAGAAACUCGUGUCCUCUGAGGGCAGGUUCAAGAAUCUGAGAGAAGCGCUCAAAAAUUGUGACCCGCCCUGUGUCCCCUAUCUGGGCAUGUACCUCACCGACCUGGCCUUCAUUGAAGAAGGGACUCCCAACUACACAGAGGACGGGCUGGUCAACUUCUCCAAGAUGAGGAUGAUCUCUCACAUCAUCCGAGAAAUCCGUCAAUUCCAGCAGACGGCCUACAAGAUCGAGCACCAGAGCAAGGUUACCCAGUACCUCCUGGACCAGUCUUCCGUGAUGGACGAGGAGAGUCUAUAUGCGUCUUCUCUCCGCAUUGAGCCCAAACUCCCCACUUGAGGCUGCGCCCAGACAUGCAGCCGUGUACAUAGUUGUGGGUGUCUCGGACCCUGCUCCUUACUGUGUGCUCCUCCAAAAUCCGAGUCUGUCUUUGUCCUUGGGUCCCUGUUGCGCUGGCCCGGGCCCUGGCCCACCCUGGCUCCUGUCCUCCCCACUCACCCACCCCACACACCACCUUAGGUCCCAGCCGCUUCCUUCCAGCAUGUUCCUUGUGGUUGUUCUGGGGGUGGGGGGAGGCGGGAGGGGACCCGUCAUCCACAGACCUUCCGCUGACAGCCACUUUCCAGAGCUGCUGCUGACCCGCUGCGCCAGGGCAGGGCUGGGGACACUGGGCCGGGGACAGCCUCCCUGGACCCUGCAUCCUUCGGAGCUUGCCUCCUGCCCCGUGGACCCCUAAGGCACGCCGCUGCCUCCCUGCAAGACUACACCUCCCCUGGUCCACCCUGCCAGCCCAGCCAAGCCGGGAAUCCACGCCCGUGUACCCCCACUCCACCGCACCCCACCCCAGCCCGCACGCUCACGUUGCUGCAUCCAUCUGUCCCUGUGACCGAGAGCCUCUGAGAUGCGGGCAGGCCCAGGGAACUAACUCGCCCAGCAGGAGGUGCCUGUCACACUGCUUCUGUCAGCACCUUCCACUUCUGUGCUACAGAGCUGGGGGGGCUGCCACAGAUGGCAGACAGACAGACAGACAGACAGACAGACAGCCGCCUCUGUGCAAGCAAUACCCAGUGGUCUGAGAUCCCCACUUCAAGUCCAACAAUAUUUCAACUCACAGCUCGUUUCGAAAAAGAAACUUCCAUUUUUUUUUUUUUUUGUAAAAAUAUAUGUUUCCUGAUGAUUACCUCUUGCUAAUAAAUCUAUUCUAUCUCAGGGUGAA